AUGAACAAGACUAGGCUCACAAACUUGGCGUUUGACAUAAACAAUUGUCGUUUCGCAUGUGCCAUACGACGUGAAUGUCGGGGAAUUGAAUUCGUCAAGGGAGUCUCGUGUACUUUGAUCAUGGAGAAAGUAGGUCUCUCGUCCGAGACUUAUCUGGGUGUGACCGUGGAGACCAAAGCGGAAGAGUGUGACGGUCAAGUUAUUGAACCGUAUCCGUAUCGUGAAGCUGUUGUAUAUUUGGAGAACAAAUACGGAUUCUAA